GCGCCAAGCCACCACAUCGACAGUAGCGCUCUGCUUAUAAGUAGCACUAUCCAGCAGCUGGCAGUCACUCGCUCGCACACAAGCAGCAGACAGCAUCGCACAACCGCACUGUCACACGCAGGAUACAAAUGUCUUCUCUGACCCUGUCUGAGAAAGGAAUGAAGGGGCGCCCUGGAAAUGGCUUGAAGUUACAACCUUUGCUCUUUGUGUUUAUUUAUUAGAAUCUAGGGCAAGACUUUGCUUUGCAAGCAUUUAUAUCAGAGACCCUCUCCGUGUCUCUGAUAUGACCAUCAUACUGCUGCACGUUACAUGGGGUUUUGUAUGAAAUGCGACUAAACAACAGUUCCCUUCCCUGUAAUUGUAUCCUUCAUUUGAACAUGACUGGCAGUUCCAAUCUCAUCCCUCCUGCUCCAUCCUCCCUCCCUCUCUCUCCUCUCACCUCCUCUUUUCCUGUCCAUCCUACGUUCAUUUUGCUUCUCAUCUGACUUUUGGUGAAGGGGGGGGGGCAAAGUGUGUAAGUGUGAGGGGGGGACUCCUGUCACAUCCUCCGUCAGCCUCCCCCUCCCCCCCCCAGCCCCGGCUUCUCAGCCAUCACACACUCACGCGUCAGAAUUAAAGUGCAGGAGGAAAGGAGAAGGGGCACAGUGGUUUAUGUGCCAGGCAAGGAGGAGCACACAAGGGGAAAACCUUCCACCUGAUCUCACAUCCCUGCAAGUGAAAGGACAGAGAGGGAAAGAGAACUUGCUGAUUAACGACUGGAUUCCUUCUACGGGCACUAGCCUAGCCUGUCUGACUUUGGCAGCCAAGGACCCCAGGACAGACACAGUACCAAAUGGGUCUAACGCACAUACUGAGCUGGUGGCCCGGGAUGCUACACAGCACCGGUGCCAAGGCUCUGUCCUGGUUUAAUGCUCUGUUCCCCAGUACUUUGGGUACCUGGGGAAGAUUUGAGAUUCGUUUAACCCUAUGGAUAUGUCUUAUCACCUGGAGCGAUCUCAGGGCCAUUGCGAGUCCCAGCAACGAAGUGAAUUUAUUGGAUUCUCGAUCUGUCAUGGGUGACCUUGGAUGGAUUGCCUUCCCUAAAAAUGGGUGGGAAGAAAUCGGAGAGGUAGAUGAAAACUAUGCUCCAAUACAUACAUACCAAGUGUGUAAAGUGAUGGAACAAAAUCAGAACAACUGGUUACUGACAAAUUGGAUCUCCAAUGAAGGAGCCUCACGGAUAUUCAUAGAGCUUAAAUUCACUCUUCGAGAUUGUAAUAGUCUUCCAGGGGGACUUGGGACAUGCAAAGAAACUUUCAAUGUAUACUAUUUUGAAUCAAAUCAAGAGGAUGGAAGGAAUAUUAGGGAAAACCAGUAUAUUAAAAUUGACACUAUUGCAGCUGAUGAGAGUUUCACAGAAUUAGACUUGGGUGAUAGAGUCAUGAAGCUAAAUACGGAAAUAAGAGACGUUGGACCUCUGAACAAAAAAGGCUUUUACCUUGCUUUUCAAGACUUAGGAGCCUGUAUUGCUCUGGUUUCUGUGCGAGUCUAUUAUAAAAAGUGCCAAUCAGUGGUUCGCAAUUUAGCUGUCUUUCCUGACACAAUAACUGGUGCGGACUCCUCCCAGCUUUUGGAAGUAUCAGGGAUGUGUAUCAACCAUUCUGUGACCGAAGAAGCCCCCAAAAUGCAUUGCAGUGCAGAAGGGGAAUGGCUUGUCCCAAUCGGAAAAUGCAUGUGCGAAGAAGGGUAUGAAGAGAAAAACAAUACAUGCCAAGCAUGUCCAAUGGGAUUCUUCAAGUCUUCCCCUCAAAGUCUGAUGUGUAGCAAGUGUCCACCUCACAGUUUCACACAUGAAGAGGGAUCCACAUAUUGUGUCUGCGAGGACCGUUACUAUAGAAGAGAGUCAGAUCCAUACACCAUGUCUUGUACAAGGCCACCAUCGGCUCCACGAAAUGCUAUAUCCAACAUCAAUGAGACAAGCGUGUUUCUUGAGUGGAUGUUCCCCUCAGAUACUGGUGGACGAAAAGAUGUUUUUUAUAAUUUAGUUUGCAAAAAGUGCAACUCCAACACCAGUCCAUGUGAAGAAUGUGGCAUGCAUGUCCGUUACAUACCUCAGCAAACUGGUUUGAGAAAUACAUCUGUAAUGGUAAUAGAUCUUCAGGCCCACACAAACUACACCUUUGAGAUUGAAGCUAAAAAUGGUGUUUCUGAGCUGAGCUCAGGUUCUCGACAGUAUGUGUCUGUGAGUGUCACCACAAACCAGGCAGCACCAUCUACAAUCAGCAUUGUGAAGAAGGGGAAAAUUACCAAAAACAGCAUUUCACUGUCAUGGCAAGAGCCUGAUCGACCAAAUGGUAUCAUCCUUGAAUAUGAAAUCAAAAGCUUCGAAAAGGAUCAAGAAAGUAGCUACACAAUUGUCAAGUCUAAAGAGAAAGAAAUCACAGUGGAGGGAUUAAAACCUGCAUCAUCCUAUAUAUUCCAAAUAAGAGCUCGCACGGCUGCAGGGUAUGGCGACUUCAGCCGCAGAUUUGAGUUUGAAACCAGCCCAGUGUCAUUUGCUGCAACUGGAGAUCAGAGCCAGAUUCCUAUAAUUGCUGUGUCGGUCACGGUGGGAAUUAUUCUGCUAGCUGGUAUUGUUGGUUUUCUUCUCAGUGGAAGGUCCAAUACAUCUUUCCUAGCUUUCCUGAAACUGUCUUUUUGGAACAUAAGCUGUUCACAGGCUUCCUUACCACCUUCCAGACGUUGUGGCUACAGCAAAGCUAAACAAGAUCCAGAAGAAGAAAAGAUGCAUUUCCACAAUGGGCUCAUUAAACUACCAGGAAUUAAGACAUAUAUUGACCCACAUACAUAUGAAGAUCCAAACCAAGCAGUGCACGAAUUUGCAAAGGAGAUAGACGCUUCUUGCAUAACCAUUGAGCGAGUAAUUGGAGCAGGGGAAUUUGGAGAAGUUUGUAGUGGUCGAAUCAAACUUAAUGGAAAGCGCGAGUCUCCUAUUGCAAUAAAGACCUUAAAAGUUGGAUAUAGUGAUAAACAGCGGAGAGAUUUCUUGGGUGAAGCAAGUAUAAUGGGACAGUUUGACCAUCCGAAUAUCAUCCACCUGGAGGGAGUCGUCACCAAAAGCAAACCAGUAAUGAUAGUAACAGAAUACAUGGAAAAUGGUUCUCUUGAUACAUUCCUAAAGAAAAAUGACGGACAGUUCACGGUCAUUCAACUAGUAGGCAUGCUGAGAGGAAUUUCAUCAGGCAUGAAAUACCUUUCUGAUAUGGGAUAUGUACACAGGGACCUGGCAGCAAGAAAUAUUCUGAUAAACAGCAAUUUGGUCUGUAAAGUUUCUGAUUUUGGAUUAUCACGUGUUCUGGAAGAUGAUCCUGAAGCAGCCUACACAACCAGGGGAGGGAAGAUACCAAUCCGAUGGACUGCUCCUGAAGCUAUUGCCUUUCGUAAAUUUACUUCUGCAAGUGAUGUAUGGAGUUAUGGCAUUGUAAUGUGGGAAGUAAUAUCUUAUGGAGAGAGACCCUACUGGGAAAUGACAAAUCAAGAUGUAAUUAAAGCUGUUGAGGAAGGUUACCGUUUGCCAAGUCCUAUGGAUUGCCCUGCUGCUCUUUACCAGCUUAUGUUGGAUUGCUGGCACAAAGACCGAAACAGCAGGCCCAAGUUUGAAGAAAUUGUCAGUAUUUUGGAUAAAUUGAUUCGUAACCCAAGCAGCUUGAAAACGCUUGUUAAUGCAUCAAACAGGGUAUCAAAUUUACUAAUUGAACAUAGUCCUGUUGGAACUGGUACCUAUAGAUCAGUAAAUGAAUGGCUGGAAGCUAUCAAAAUGGGAAGGUAUACUGAGACAUUUAUGGAGAAUGGUUAUAAUUCAAUGGAUGUAGUCACUCAAUUGACACUGGAAGAUUUGAGGAGAUUUGGAGUGACUCUGUCUGGCCAUCAAAAGAAGAUAAUGAACAGCAUUCAAGAAAUGAGGGCCCAGUUAUUGAACGGAAUGGUGCCAUUGUAAUUGUGCCAUUUCACCACCAAGCAAACCUGCACUUUGUUACCUGUCCAGAGAUUUAUAGAUACAGAUUAGAUUGAAAUGAAAAAGGGAAGUAGAGUGCUAUAGAAAACAGAAAAUAGCACAUGCAACAAGAUAACUCAAAAUCAGUAUUGGGAUCAGGCUUCCAUUUAUUUUUUAUUUUAUCUCUAUCAUUCUUCAUGAAAAACAGCAACAUGCAUGGGAUCUGAAGAUGGAUGUACAAUAAGACAGGGUGACCAGUUUCUGUAACAAAAGACUUCCCAUGAUGCUUUGUACACAAAUUGUAUAUAGCAUCUUGGUAGUGCUUUCAUUGUAGCAGCACGAUAAAUUCUUCCAAGAACUUACUUGAAUGGAUCAUUUACAACAAAGUUUUGUAGCCAUGUAUGGCCUAGUCAAAAGCUGCAGUUUUUGGACAUUUACUAAGUUGAAUUGUCUACAAGUGUAUUGAAGAGCAAUAUGUUUAGAUUUUCUUGUUAGUUAUACAGUUUGUUUGUUUUUUUAAAUUUAAAGAAUGCUGUUACACAGCAUUAUCUAGAGAACCUAAUGUAUAAACAUGUUGCUUGAUCACUUGCAAAUACAAUAUAUUUAUUUUUUUGUGUUCUUGA